GCAAACAGCACAAAAUUCUCUGAGUUCUCGAAAUUGGUUUCCUGUGCUAUAAGAACUUAGGUCAAUCUGGCCAGCGGACAAUUUCAAAAAGCAAAAUGGCGGCCGACAGAAGAGAAUCUGGUCGAAUCAAAGAUGCCGCUACAAGAAAAAUUUUAGACACUGCGACAAGAAGAAGGCGUCAAAAAAGACAGCUGGAGUCGUUGGAGAAUGAUAACUUUCAGGAAGAUCCACACGCACACUUGACCGUACUACAAAACAAGAUGAGAAUACCAGCCUUCAAGGAUACAAUGGAAGAGAAGAGGAAGAAAAAGAAAACAAAAACUGGGGAACAUUUCAAACAGAGAUUUAAGAGAACAUUUGCAGUCCUUUUGGAAGAAGCUCAACAAGAGACAGAAGAAGGGCAGGAGUCGUAUGCGUCUGCUAAUGUCCCUCCAUCAAGAUUUCCAGAGAGACACUUUUGCUCUGUCUGUGGAUUUCCUUCUAACUACACAUGUGUAUCUUGUGGGGCGCGGUAUUGCUGCGUCAAAUGUCUUGGUACGCAUCAGGACACAAGGUGUCUAAAAUGGACUGUAUAAAGGCUCAUACAAGAAAGUUACAUGCACUUUAUACACCUAUUUUACAUAGUUGCACUCAACAGUCCAUGUGGUCUAGUUUACAAUGCUUCAUGGGUAUCACAUAGAUCAGGAAAUAAGCAAAAUCAGAUCUGCUUUAUAUGCCUAGACAGCUGAAUCAGUUCAGACAUGUGGGCUAUGACAACCUGAUCAUUCUGUGUGCAUCCUGAUUUCAAAUAGGUGUAUUACUUUAUGUGAGUGCAAAAAAGAAGUAAAAAGGAGAGUAUUGAAACCUCACCCACCAUCCUUGAAUCUACCCAACCUUCAUUCAGAGGCUUGGAUAUCACAAUUUGUGUACAGAGUGCUAUUAAAUGGAUAGCAGCUACUAUACAUGUCACUUAACUGCCUAAGCUGCAUAAAAACCUCUGAUGUUCUUCACUUGUAAAUAUGUUACACUAUCUUUCAUUAAAAAAAACAUAACAAGG